CUCCGAAUACACAGUGUCAAUCAAUUUGACUUUAGGAGAGCACCUACUGUGACAUCAUACCUAUCAAUUUUAACGGGUACUAAGAAGUCGCGGCGCAUUUCCUAUCAUCUUCAAUAUUAGCUUUGAGCUUAAACGGCAUUUCGCCCAAUCGUCUCUUCUCCAAAUACAUGUAGUUCAAUUUUAAUCUGUUAUCCUAUUCCUUUCUUUUAUUUUAUUCGCGUAUCAAUACCAUCACCCUCUAUUUUUACAAUGACCGCAGAUCCACCAUCAGUUCCAAGCACCUCGCAGGAGGUACCUGAGGCCAGUGAUGGUAAUACCUCACAGCCUCAAGCCCAGAGCAGUUCACAACAAUCCGAAGACUCGCAAACUGCCGCCGACUUUAUUAGAGAUCAGCUACAGUUAGAGGCCGAUGCCCGUGAAGCUCUUCCAUACAGCAUCGAGAACUGCACCAAGCCACUUGGAUCAUUGCGACAAAAUGUUUUCGCCUGUCUAACAUGCACCCCGCCACCCACGAACCCAUCCGAUCCAUACAAUCCCGCCGGCGUGUGUUAUUCAUGCUCCGUUCAAUGCCACGGCGAACAUGAAUUGGUCGAGAUUUUCCAGAAGCGCAACUUCACUUGCGACUGCGGCACGACGCGAUUCGCCCCCGAACAACAGUGUACCCUUCGGAUCAAUCCUAAGACCAACACGAAAGGUGGCGUCCACUCCGAACAACCCGAUCCCAACAAGUAUAAUCAGAACUUUCGUAACCGCUUUUGUUCGUGUUCCAUAGAUUACAAGCCGUACGAGCAAAAGGGUACUAUGUUCCAAUGCUUAGGUCUUGGUACACACGAAACCGGUGGCUGCGGUGAGGAUUGGUACCACCCUGGAUGUCUUGUUGGUCUGGGCCCCAAGUGGUACGAAAAACAGGCCAAGCAGGUCCCUAACAGCAACGGCAACAACAACGACGGAACACUUCCUACUAUUUCUGAGGACGCGCCACCACAGAAUGAUGCAGAUCAACUAGCUGGCGAUAAUCAAGAAGCAGGAGAGGAUGAUGAUGCGCCUUUGCCAGAUGGGUUCCCUGCUGAGGAGGCGUUCGACCACUUCAUCUGCUACAAGUGUGUCGAAGCAUACCCAUGGAUUAAGAGAUACGCUGGUACUCCCGGUUUCUUGCCAGCAGUAUUCUUCCAGAAAGGCGACAAGACCACAACGACGUCUAAGAAACGCAAGCUAGACGACGACGAGCCGAGUGAGAACAACGAACGCAACAAACGCGCCAAGAGUGAGUCCGAAGGGACAGAAGUCAUUCUACCCAUUGAAACAAGCGAUGCGACCCCUGAGGUUAAGAACGAAACCGAGAAGACAGUCAAGGAGGAAGACCAGAAGAUUGAUGAAGCCCAAUCUACGGAAACGUGCAAACUAACAUCGUUGCCCCCUCCAUCAAUUGGCCAGUUCUCUUUGUUCGCGACAUCGGACUUCCGCCAUCACUUUUGCCGAUGCGCCUCGUGCUUCCCAGAACUCCAAGUCCAUCCACAACUCCUCGAGGAAGAGGAGGCCUAUGAACCUCCUCUUUCGGAUUCGGCGUCCGAUCAUGGUUCGACUAAUGGUAGCGGCUCACUGUAUGAUCGUGGCGAGUCUGCUUUGAAGAAUGUGGACCGCGUUCGCGCGAUAGAGGGUGUCAUGGCGUACAACCAUCUUAAAGAGCGUCUCAAGCCUUUCUUCCAGCAAUUCGCUGAGAGUGGUAAGGCGAUCGGUGCCGAAGACAUCAAGGAAUACUUCGCAAAACUUAGAGGCGACGAGCAAGCCAUUAAAGACGCAGGCGAUGCCGCGAAAGAAGAUCAUAGGCAAGAACAAAGUGGGUACUAAGUGGUUAAAAGUAGAAGUCCGACGGUUAGGUUUUCUGCAAGGGUAGGAAGGUGUAUUGUAUUCUCACAGGCGUUCAUUCGGAGUUGACGGGUAACUAAUAUCACAGGUUUCAUAUUUAGUCAUAGUCGAAUUCAUACCUACAUGGUUUCCGCGGAUAUCUUAGCCUCCCCCCCCUUCUUAUUUCGUGAUUCUUCGCCAGUCGUUUGGAUAGAGACAUGCUUCUUAACUUGGCCUGGU